AUGGCUGUCAGAAGCGUGCUGGUAACAGGCUGUUCGGCGGGCGGUAUCGGCUCGGCCAUCGCCCUCGUCCUCGCCAGGGCAGGACACCACGUAUUCGCAACCGCACGAAACACAUCCAAGAUCGCAGAGGAGCUAUCCGUCUUAUCCAACGUUACCGUUCUACCGCUCGAUGUCACCUCCCAGUCGUCGGUAAUAGCAGCAGCCAAGACCGUCACUGAAAGUGGGCAGGGUCUUGACGUGCUCGUAAACAAUGCGGGCGCCGGUUAUGUAAUGCCCAUUCUCGAUAUGGACAUUGAACGAGCUCAGAGAACAUACGAUACCAAUAUCUGGGGCAGUAUUCGGACGGUACAGGCGUUUGCAGACUUGCUAAUUGCGAGCCGCGGCCGUAUCAUCAAUAUUAGUUCGAUGGGGUGUAUUAUGAAUAUGCCAUGGCUCUCUACGUACACCUCAUCCAAGAUUGCCCUGACACUCAUCUCCGAAACCUUACGCCUCGAGAUGUCCCCCUUUGGCGUCAGUGUCGCAACGAUCAUGGCGGGCGUCGUCAAAUCCAAUUUCAAUAACAGCGUCGCAGAUUUCAGCCUGCCUCCAGACUCGCACUACUCUCGUAUUGAGAAAAAUAUAUCUCGCUGGGCAACUGGCGAAGCCCAGCCGGAAGGUGUCACGGCAGAGGAGUUUGCCAAGUCUUUGAUUGAGGAUAUUGUUGGCGAGAGAGGAAAGAAGGGUGGUAAGGUCUGGACCGGAUCGUUUUCGACGGUCACUAAAUGGGUGGUCAGCUUGAUCCCGACUUCUAUAAUGGAUAUGCUUGUAAGCAAGGGCCAGGGCCUGGCUGAACUUUCGAAGAUGGUCGCUGGAGAAGGAAAGCAUGUUGAUUAG